GACUUUGGGUCUUGACAGUUUAUCGCAGCAGAUAUCUGGUAGAGAUUGGGAUUGGUUGGCUGUUAGGCUUGUAAAGACCCUGAAGAUCACUGGCGCACAACUGCGGGUCGCCCUGCGGAGUUCGAUACCUUCUCCCCAUUUUCAAGUGUCAGCCUGUUAGUGAAGUCCAUCUAGAGUUCAAUGAUGUCCGAUCUUACGGUCUUGGGUCGAGGCUCGAAGCAGACGGAAAUGGCGGCGCAGGCACCAGAGAUGCAACAGACCUUGAUGACCCCAGUGAUCUCACUGAAUGAAGCACAGGAGAUCGUAGCCGAGUACGAGGGGGAUGAGUUCUCCGUCACUUCGCUCGUGGAGGUCGGGAACAUCGGGUUCAGCUACACCGCAUCGAGAAGGGUAUACGAUAUCGCCUUGACCAAUGCCUCAGCGCGCUACCUGCUCGUCAUUUUGCCACUCCAUUCCGACUCCGAACAUGACUCGUCACCAUCCAUCACGAACACUCUCCAAGCGCUGUCUGCCCUGUUAACGAAGAUCGCGUCCUGUACGAAUGUGCCAGUGCCCAAGCCUGUCGCUCAAGAUAGUUCAGGUGGCAAUGGACGGUGGGAUUUCAGUUGGCUCCUACUCCUCAUUCCCCGGUCUUCAGAGGCACCGGCGAGCAUGUCCACGUCGAUUUUGUCACUUGCAUCCCUUCGCCCGACUCUCUCCCCGCGGCAACUCGCACGUGUCGAGCUGCGACUCGGCACGUAUCUCCGUGCACUACACGGGAUCACGAACGAAUGGUUCGGGAGACCAGUCGAGGAGGAAGCGGAGGAGGAGAAUUGGUCAAAGUACAGCUGGCAAGACACAUUCGUUCUCCUGCUGGAAGAGUUGAUUGGAGAACUAUGCGAGUCACCGAGCGGAGGGUCAACCCGCUUUGAUCUGCGCGAGGAACUAGGGAUCGACGUGGAAGAGCUACGACGAUAUCUUUCUCGUGCAAUAGGGUCGUAUUUAUUCGACGACGUUGAAUCGCCUGGAUUAAUGUGGGUUACGGGAAGCGAAGCGGAUGUGUUGGUAUCCCUUUCUGAGAAGGAAGGAACGGAAAUUGAAGAUGAAAUAGGGGCAGAAGCGGAUAUCGCAUAUUUGCUGCCAACAUUCUCACAUGCGUUAUGGGGCGAUCCAUUGAUGGAAUCAUGGUUCGUGCCACCUGGACCAAGUGAAGCUAUCAACGAGGGAUAUUUUGGGGGAGAAGGCAGCUUAAUCGUAUUUCCGAGACAGAAGACGAAACGGGUGUGGUACACCAUAUAUCUGGCAUUGCUUGUGUUGAUGGAAGAAAGGAGAGGAGGGAAGAUCGGUCAGAGGGAGACGAUCGGCCACGGCGAAGAUAACACUGGAAGGAGUAAAGUGCAAUGGGCAAGGGAGAUCCUCCCUAAAUGUGUAAAGGCCCUGAAGGACGCACCUUAUUAUUAGAGUGCUACCGGAGAGUGUGGAUACCAGACAUAU